GUUCUGAGCACCCAGUGGGAUGGACUGGGGAGCGCUAUCCAAGCACUAUCCAAGACACCACGCCAAUGGCCUCAGUGGAACUACAGUCGAUGUACAAAUUUAUUUAAAUAGCACAGGAGAAGGUCCUAAUGAGUACUGGGUGCAGCUGAAUAAAGCAGUGGAUCUUGCGGAGGAAGCAUUAAAGAGACUUGGAAGACGAAUGGAGGAUCUGUGUCAAGAAGCGGCCAUGAUGUUCGUGAAGUACUGCCCUGACUCCAUUCAUGCUUCAGUGUUCCGUUUCAAAGCUCCAGAAAAAUGGACUGCACAAGAGAUACAAGAACAGCUUGGCAGGUACCAAACAGAGUUGAAAGAGCAGAUGUCAACGAAGUCGAAGCGGCAUACUACUUCAAGACACGUCACUGCUCAUGUUCAGACAUCCCACAAGGUUGAUGAAGUGGAGUGUAGUCGAAUCAGCACUGUACACACUAUAGAGAGUGAUGACAAUUGUAUGAGAACUCUGAUUAAUCUUCUUGAUCGUGCGCUGUCUCAAAAUGUCCAAAUGCCAUCUCACCAGCCCCAAGGCAAGCUCUGUAGAGUAUGCAGAUCUCCAGAGCACUCCACUUUAACACACUGUCAGCGAGAACAUCUGUGCUUUGCAUGCUUUCAGCCUGGGCAUAGUAAGAGAGACUGUACAAGUGACAGGUUGAGACCUGGUCCGGAACCAUUCAGGGGCUCUUCAGGUUUAAACUAGAUGGCUCACGUUUGGAAGGGGGAUGUGUGGGCACGAGUGAAGAACCUCUAGAGAGUGUUGAUCUUCAUCAGUUUUAUGAAAAUGCAUGUGCACAGGCUCCCACUGGAACCAAAGUGAUAGCACAAAAUGUCCAGGCAGUUGAGGCAUUUGAUGAAUUGUUCUAUGCGCCAGUCAGUGUAAAUAAUGUGUUUUCUAUGAAAGGAAUGCUUGAUACAGGGUCCAGGAUAUUUGUAUGGGAUUUUCUUGAGUUAAUGUGUACAUCUGCUAAUUUUUGCAGUGAUAUAAAAGGCUAUAAAUAGCAGAUUUUAACAACAGUAAACGACCAAAUUACACAUGUGAUCGCAAAAGGAAGUUAUUACAACCACUCGAUGGUGGUUUGAAGUGAGUUCUGAGUAAAAGUGUACUAUUAAUCUCAUAAAUUGUCUUAUGUGGCAUGAUGCUAAUAUUAGCUCUAAUGCACCUGCAGAACAGGUCCAAUUCUUCUUCAUAAUGCAUUUUGUCAUAAUACUUCAUGUAAGGUCGCAAGAAAUGUUUUGUUGUAUUUAUUUAGAAAUACUUUUGAUAAUAGUUGG